AUGAUCGAGCAAUUGUUUCCGGAGGUUACAUGCUACGCGCUCAGAUACUUAGAUUACUCAAGUCUCUGCCAGUUAUCAAUGACGAGUUCCUCCAUGAGAAAGACAGCGAAUGACGAUGUCCUCUGGAGAGCCCUUUAUUUCCAAGAAUUUACAGAGGAAACAAAUGGUGGAACUCCGGUUAAUGGGUGGAAGGCGUUCUUUGCAGUUACUAAACAAGUCAUGACUGUGAAUGAUAAAUUCUUUAGCAUCCUCGAUUCGAGGUCACUUCCCAGAAUGACUAGUUUAUGGCUCAACUCUGACUAUGUCAAGUGCUUCAACGGCUCUGGUGAACUCUUCACCGGGUUUGACGCAGUGAUGCAAAGAUGGGACUUCUGUUUCGACAACUGGGAGAUAGGGUUUCCAACGUAUGUCAUUGAAUCGAGGACACGGAUUCUGAGCAGCGUGGCUUGGGUCUCCACGAUCGCGCUCCAUCACAUAGGUCAAUUCAACAUCACCAAUGUCUUUGAGCUUCAUAAUGGACGAUGGCUCAUGGUGCACCACCACUCCUCCAUCAUCCCCACAAACGGUGUGGAGAAUUAAUAAGAAGUUGUUUUCAUCCAUAGUGUGUAUGGUCUUGAAUCAAUCUCGCCCUAGAGGAAACAAAAAAAUGAACAACAAAACUGCGUAUUCGGAAUUGGUUAGAAUAUUGAUAGUAAUUUUCUAGCUAUAUUUUCAUCUUAGGACAAGGUUAUGUUUCUAAUACAUAAGUCGAAUUGCUUGUGCGACGAGUUUCAACAACUUGGCUAGCCAAAUGUUUUUUCCUAUCCAACAAUACAAAAUAAAAC